AUGCUCCUUCAGGGGCUUUCAACCAUCCGGGAGGCUGUACCCCUGCCGGCAUGUCUGUUGUUCCUGGCUCUGCUUCUGAUCAUUGCUGACUGCAGGAAAAGGAGACGCCCAAAGGGUUUUCCUCCGGGGCCUCCGUCCCUUCCUUUCCUGGGUACUUUGCUCCAGAUCAACCCUAAGAAGCCUCAUGAAUCUAUGCAAAAGCUUAUAGAAAAAUAUGGCAAAAUCUUCAGCCUGCAGAUUGGAAGCAUGUGGAUGGUGAUUAUAAAUGGAUUACCUCUGGUGAAGGAAGCUCUCGUUCACCAAGGAGAAAACUUCAUAGACCGUCCACGCUUUCCUAUGAACGAUGAGAUUUUUGGGGUAUCUGGAUUGAUCAGCUCGAAUGGAAAAAGCUGGAAAGAACAAAGACGAUUUGCUUUAUCAACUCUCAGAAACUUUGGUUUGGGGAAGAGAAGUUUAGAAGAACGAAUACAAGAAGAGAUCAGAUACCUUAUGGAUGCCAUUGAAGAAGAAAAAGGUCAGCCAUUUAACCCCCAAUUUCAGAUCAAUAAUGCUGUUUCAAAUAUCAUCUGUUCUAUCACUUUUGGGAAUCGCUAUGAAUACCAUGACAACCAAUUCCGGAAGUUACUGCAUUUGCUUGAUGAGACCAUCGUUCUUCAAGCAAGCCUUUGGAUGCAGGUGUGCAAUGCCUUUCCAACUGUAAUGAGAUACUUGCCAGGACCCCACCAGACAGUUUUUAAAAACUGGAAACAAUUGAAAGCCUUUGUCAAAUUAAACGUUGAAAAACACAAAGCGGACUGGAGCCCAUCUCAAACAAGGGACUUCAUUGAUGCUUACCUCAAUGAAAUAGCCAAGGAGGAAGCCCCUGACACUUUCAAUGAAGAAAGUCUGCUGCAGUCAACGUUAGAUCUGUUUUUUGCUGGGACAGAAACUACAUCUACAACGUUGCGGUGGGCUUUGCUGUACAUGGCCGUUUACCCAGAAGUGCAAGCAAAGGUGCAAGGCGAAAUAGACUCUGUGAUCGGCCAGUCUCGCUUGCCUGCCAUGGACGACAGAGAGCACAUGCCCUAUACCAACGCAGUUAUUCAUGAAACUCAAAGAAAAAGCAACAUUUUGCCUUUCAACGCACCAAGGAUGACAAAUCAGGACACCACACUGGCUGGAUUCCAUUUGCCAAAAGGAACUGUAUGUUUCACCACCUUGACCUCAGUGCUAUUGGAUAAGGAGGAGUGGGAAACUCCUGAUGUCUUUAAUCCUGGCCAUUUCUUGGAAAAUGGUCAGUUCAAGAAGAGGGAAGCAUUCCUGCCCUUCUCUGCAGGAAAACGAGUGUGUCUCGGAGAGCAGCUGGCCAGGAUGGAACUGUUUCUUUUCUUCACUGCCCUCCUUCAGAAAUUCAGCUUCCAAGCUCCAAAGGACGUGAUCUUAAACCUUGACUUCAGACCAGGAUUCACACUUCACCCCCAGCCUUACCGCAUCUGUGCACUUCCUCGUUAA